AUGGCUCGUCUCGUUAGAUAUCUGAGGAGAGCAGUGAUAUAUACUUCAUCGCCUUCGAUUCUGUUCCGAAAUCCUAGAGUAUGUGUCCACUUAAAUCAGAAUCCUAAUUUCUCAAUCAGCCGCAAGUUUCUAAGCUCGGGGAGUUACGUGUCGGAAAUGCGGAAAUCAGCUUUCGAGGGUAACAUUCUCCGAUUAAUCCGCUCUGAGAUUCAGUCCGAGCUCGAUCACUCGCCUCCUCUUCAGCCUGAGGACAAGUUUGGUCCAUUCACGGUGGAUGAGCGGCCAGGGGAGCAGUGGAUUAGCUUGAGAAGAAAAUUUGGGGAGAAGGAAGAUAUUAAGAUCGAAGCAACCAUGUUUGAUGGAUCAGUUCCAUCAUCAAAAUCUGCAAGCAGUGACCCUGAAGAUGUUCAGCUUCACAUUACCUUCAUUGUCAAUAUCUCCAAGGGUGGUAAUGGCGAGACCUUAGAGAUCAUGUGUUCUGCUUGGCCUGAUACUAUACAGAUAUCCAAGUUCUUUAUUCGUAAAACCAGCAAGAGCUCGCCAAAUGCCUAUGUUGGACCAGAAUUCGAGGAAAUGGAAGAUGAGCUUCAAAACUUGCUUUAUCAAUUUUUGGAAGAAAGAGGUAUCAGUGAUGAUCUUGCUGUGUUCUUGCAUCAGUACAUGAAGAACAAAGAUAAAGCCGAGUAUAUCAGAUGGAUGGAGACUGUUAAGUCGUAUGUUGAGCAAAAAUAA